AUGCGGUCUGCCCUCCGUUCUGCCGUCGCCGUUGGCGCAUUGACGCAUCUCGCCGUCGCUGCUCCCAACCCGUACGCAUGGAAGCCGGCGCCCAAGCCUCGUAGCGUCUGGCGCCCGGCCGUGACCUCAGAGGAGCUCCAGGCCACCAUCUCGGGCGACGCGCUGCUGGGGCAUGAGGAGAAGCUCCAGAGCUUCGCGUACGCCUACCCGGAGCGCAACCGCAUCAUGGGCGGCCAGGCGCACAACGACACGGUGACGUACAUCUACGAGACGCUCACCGCCCUGGGCGACUACUACGACGUGACGCUGCAGCCGUGGUCGUCGGUUGUGCAGGUCAGUGGCGAGGCCUCCCUCGCCAUCGACGGCGCCAACAUCACCGAGGCCGCCCUGAUGGAGUACGCGACCAGCGGCAACGUCUCCGCACCCCUCGUGGCUGUCUCGAACUCCGGUUGUGAUCAGUCCGACUACCCCUCUGAGGUCUCGGGCAACGUCGCCCUCAUCUCGCGUGGCACCUGCGAGUUCGGCCUCAAGUCAGUCUACGCAGGCCUCGCCGGUGCCGUCGGCGCCGUCAUCUACAACAACGUCGAGGGUAAUCUGUCCGGCACGCUGGGCACGCCCCGCGAGGAGGGCCCGUACGUGCCUACGGUCGGAAUCUCCAAUGCCCUUGGCCUCGAGCUGGUCGACGAGAUCGCCGGCGGUGCGUCGCCUGUCGCCGACCUCUACGUUGCCACCGUGAUCGAGAACGCUACGACCUACAACGUCCUCGCCCAAACCCGUGGCGGCGACCAAAACAACACGCUCAUCCUCUCGGGCCACUCCGACUCGGUCGCCGCCGGGCCGGGCAUCAACGACGACGGCAGCGGCACCACCGGCAUCCUCGAGAUCGCGCUCCAACUCUCCAACUACACCACCACCAACUCGGUCCGCUUCGCGUGGUGGUCGGGCGAGGAAGAAGGCCUCCUCGGCUCCACGUACUACGUCGAGACCCUGCCCGCCGCCGAGCUCGCCAAGCUGCGCCUCAUGCUCGACUUCGACAUGAUCGCCUCGCCCAACUACAUCUACGCCGUCUACGACGGCGACGGCUCCGCCUUCAACACGUCCGGCCCCGCCGGCUCCGCCGAGGCCGAGGCCCUCUUCGUCGACUACUACGCCGCGCGCGGCGUCGCCAGCGUCCCCGCCGAGUUCGACGGCCGCUCCGACUACGGGCCCUUCCUCGACGCCGGCGUCGCCUGCGGCGGCGUCUUCACCGGCGCCGAGGGCAUCAAGACGGAAGAGGAGCAGGCCCUGUUCGGCGGCGAGGCCGGCGUCGCCUACGACGUCAACUACCACGCCGCCGGCGACACGACCGACAACCUGGACAUGGAGGCUUUCGUGCUCAACGCCCAGGCCAUUGCGCACGCCGUCGCCACGUACGCGACGAGCUUUGAGAGCUUGAACCAGGACGCGGCGCUGGCGCGCAGGGGCGUGCAGUGGCGGAAGCCCGUGUUGGAGGGCAGGGACGAGCCGAGGAUCGCGAGGAGCAAGAGGAAUGCGUUCAAGAGCAAGAAGACUGGGAAGAUGUUUGGUUAA